UACAAGUACAUAUAAACGCGCGUUUGUUUUUACUACAAGUAACUACAAACUUAGUAAAUACAAGUAAAUAUAAACUUAAAAAGUUAAAAACUAAUGAUUAGCAUGCGCAAAAAAGUAAAUGCAUAUAAUCUACUUGAUUUUGUUGUUUCUAAAGAGAAAAGGGUUUAUGACUGUCUGUUGGAAAUAGCAAUAGAACGGCGGAAUGCAAGUUUAGCUCUUAUGCAAUGGAUCCAAGUUGAUAGUAAUUCAUCUAUAAAAAAUGCAAUAUCUAGUCUUGAUGAAAUUCACAGAAUGUGGUUAGAUGUCCAGAUAGAGUUUGCUAAUGAGUCAAAGCUUUUUCAACAUGGUCUGAAUGACAUUCUCAAAGUUGAAGCAGAACUAGUUACAAUACAAAAUCAUAUCAAAAAUAAUACAGACAAAAAGAAGUUUAUUAUCGAUUCCCAAAGUAUCAAAAAAAUGGAUGAGUCUACUGAAAUUUAUCUUAAUAGACUUGAAGAAGAUAUCAUUGAGGCAAAAUCAGUAUUAAAAUCAAAAAAAUAUAAAGCUGAAGUUCAGAAGAAUACCGUGUUAAGAAACUCACUUCUUUUUUUAAUGAACUCGCAUUUGAAGUUAGCUCGCAAAUCAGAAUCUAUCUUCUUAACUGCCAUUGACAUCAUUGAAAAGAUUUCAGAUUUUCCUUGUGAAUCUAAAGAUCUUGAAAAUAUAUUUGAAUCACAGCAAACAGGUCUUUGUACAAACACUGAACAAAUCAAGGAUCAAGCAGAUGAAAUAAAUGUUGUGUUACAAAAUCAGAAGCACAAUUUAAAACAAAUGUUUGUUCAUCAUGCGACAGAAGAUUUCCCUCUAUGUUUUGUACCAAAUCAAACUAAGAAAUCAGAUUCAACUUUACCCAAAUCUUUACCUAGAAACGAGUCUGACGGCUAUAUUAUAGCAAACAAGCCACGCAGUAUUUCUGCUCCAGAAUUUAAAACUUUUGCUUCAACUAUAGGGAAUGAUAAUGUUGGCGAAGAAAUUCGAGAAGAACUAUCAAAAUAUUUCCAAUCCAGCGAUUACUACAUCCCUGUUUAUGAUAACGAUAAUGAAAAUCGGUCAAACAAUUAUUCGUGCUGUGAAUCUAUUAACAGUAAUUCUUAUGAUUCUUCGAAUUACGAACUUGAAUCCAAAAAUGUUACGGUUCUUUCAAAAACAUGUUCAAUAGAAAAAUCAAAAAAUCUCAUCCGAGUAAUUUUUCCUUUUGACAAAGAAUUUUCGCUAAAACCUACGCCGAAACUUUCACCUAAUCUUUCGCCGAAGCUUUCACCUAAUCUUUCGCCGAAACUUUCACCUAAUCCUUCGCCGAAACUUUCACCUAAUUCGUCGCCGAAACUUUCACCUAAUUUGUCGCCGAAACUUUCACCUAAUUUGUCGCCGAAACUUUCACCUAAUUCGUCGCCGAAACAUUCACCUAAUUCGUCGCCGAAACAUUCACCUAAUUCGUCGCCGAAACUUUCUCCUAAUCCUUCUCCAAAGCUUUUGCGUAAAACCUCCCCAAGUAUUUCACUAAAUUUUACGCCAGAUGUUUCACCAAAGCAUCCAUAGAUCUUUCCCCGAUGAUGAUUCCCAAAGAAAUAGAAAGAAACAGCAAGUUGUUAAUUGUUCAUUUUAAAUAACAACAAAAAAUUUCUCAGCUUAAUCAGUCAAAAACAAAACAAAAUAGAAGAAGUUUGAGAAAAAUAAAAUUUAAAAGAACGAGUUAAUGUUGCUAUGGUGCCGUAUCUUGCUACAAUUUGGAAACUUUGUUACUUUCUUCACUUUUUGGAGAUUCUCUAUUAUCUCAUUUCGCCUUUAAAACACGCAUCUAUCACCCUAAAUUUAAAUUGAAGAAAAUUUAUUUUUUGGGUUUAAUCAUCAAAGAAUUGUUAGACACCUUAAUUUUCAUUGAGUUUUUAUUUUGUUUUAUUUCAAGUUUUAUUUAUUUUUUAUUCAUUUAUUAUUUUUUUUUUUUUUUUUUUUUAAUCUUUGUUUGACACUUUUAAAAUAUUUAACAUUGUUGUAUUGGAAUUUUUUAAUUUUUUAAAAAUGCCAUUAAUCUGCAAUAUAUUUUUUUAAAUGUAAUUUUUAUAUGCAAAAAGUCAAGAUUUUUACUGAAUGUACAAUUUUUUUCCUUAUAUUUGUUUAUAAAUAUUAAUUUUUU